AUGGACUCCAGCAACAGCGAUGAUGGCGGUGAAGACUGUGAGGAAGAUGAUGUGGUAGAGCACAGGGAACAUGUUGAAGGCGACGAUGCACUUCCGAAUGAUGAGCUGAAACUAGUUGACGAAGCAUUCGUAGCCUCGCUCGGUGGAAGUCUGUCUAUUGCCAAUAUCGACAAGGAUGCCUUGCGCCUGACGAAGUGGGGUGAACCGCUCUCUGUUCGAAAUUGGUUUGAAGUCUAUGUUGGAGCACCAGAAUCAACAGACGGAGACUCCACCAGUAUCGACAACAAGACUGGUGCAGCUGCCUUCAUUCGCAACCUGAAAUCGUUACUUGGAGAGUGCUCCAGUGGAUUUCUAAUUGUCGUUGUCGAACGACGUGCUUAA